AUGGAUAGAGAAGACGGUGGAUACAUCCACAGCUCUCCACGCAAGGAGUUCCUGGGAAUAAAGACACUCAGGUCGUUCACCAUGAAGCAGAUCAGCAGCUGCGAUUUCGAAGAAGCAUCAUCAACACACCACAUUGACUCGGCAGAGGUCACAAACAUCCAGGCAAUCGGGUGGGUUACCUCAUCAAAAACAUCUGCUACCGGAUCUGUAUUUACGCUGCAGGACGGCACCGGAAAAGUCGACUGCUCCUUCUGGCCAAACAGUUCAUAUGAAGAAGACCAGUCAAAACUUCUUCAGGAUGGAGCGCUUCUCAAGGUAAAUGGAUCUCUUAGGACAUUUAGCAGCAAGAGAAGCAUAUCUGUAUCGAAUCUUUCGGAAGUAACAAAUCGAAACUUCAUCAUCUACCACUUCCUGAACUGCAUCCACCAACAUCUUUUCUAUACAAGACAGCUCCACAGGGACGACGUAGUAAGAAGCGAAGGAAUGAAAAUGGAAAAAAUCCAGGAGGACAUUCUUGAGUGCUAUAGGAAAAAUCAAGACGAAAACGGGCUUCACAUCAAUGUGGUGAUCAAAAUGCUAUCUUCCAAGUACUCUGAAGGCAGCAUUAGAGAAAACAUCGAUGCUCUAUUGAGAGAUUGCCAUCUAUACAGCGUGGACGGGAUGGAAUAUAGAACAACAAUAUAA